AUGCAACUAGUCGAAGCAAACAAACUCGAUUUGGAUACUGAUAUCAAUCAGUAUCUAUCAUCAUCAUCAAAUCAUCGUAUCUUUCAUCCACAAUAUCCUUCUUAUCCGAUCACUCUUCGCCAACUACUCUCUCAUUCGGCAUCGAUCGGUAUUAAUGAAGAAACAUAUCUUACUUUCAUGCAAAUUGGUGAUACUGCAUUGGCAAGGCUAUCAUUAACCGAUGCUUGUUACACCUAUCUCGAUAAUCCAUCAAACUGGUUGCCAAUACCACCGGGUACCGUGUCAUUGUACUCGAAUGUCGGUAAUGCUCUAGCUGGAUUAGUAGUCGAACGAGUAGCACAAAUGCCGUAUGAACAUGUAAGUAUUUAUCCAGCAGGUCUCUUGCGGAUGUCAGCGAAAUCUUUAUCAUUAUUUCUUCGAAUGCUCAUCAGAAAUGGAUCUCCAUUGUUGCAUUCUCGUUCGAUUGCCGAAAUGCGACAAAUAGUCGACGGUGUUGUUCCAUACCAAAAUACGAACUUUACCAGUACUGAUUUGUCGGACCCGCUGAUUAGUUUUGGUCUCGGUUUGAUUUGGGAAGAGCGGCGUGAUGGUCGUCGAUUUCUCGGUCAUGGUGGAGUAAUGCCGGCUGCAACACAUUCAAUGCUUAUUAAUGCACAGAGUACCAUUGGCGUGAUUGUUCUCACUAAUGGUGAUGUCUCUGUCACUAAUGAGGAUUCAAUUAAGAUUAUGUACACAUUGGAAAAGAUUCGCAUGUUAUCGAAGAUGCUCGAUGUUGGUUAUUUUAUACGUGUCGUUGAACUUGGUCUCCGACAUCGAUUUAGCGAACAAAAGAAGAAAAAUCUCUGGGUCGAGUCGGUCACACAUGGUUAUUGUGGAUUGAGUGAUGUGGAUACAAACUGGCAUAUGAACAAUGCUCGCUAUUUACGUGAAGCUGAUUUUAGUCGGUUUACUUUGAUUCUGAACACUGGACUAUGGGGCACGAUUAAAGCUCGAAGAAAGAAAGAACCUCAAGUAUCUCUGCUUGUCAGCGCCAUUCAAAUUCAAUAUCGACAGAGUGUGUUACGAGGUGAUCGGUUUUCGUUUAUUGCUCGUUUAGUCGGAUGGGAUGAAAGUGCUUUCUACAUCUCACAAUCGAUGAUUCUUGACAAAAAUCAAGAAACUGCUUGUUGUCUCUUAGCUCGAAUCGCAGUCACUCCUCGAACUCUGUCACCUCAAAUGCUUGUUGCAGAUCUUGGAUAUGGGUUGGUUGAAUCACCUCCUCUACCACCAGAGGUGCAAAACUUCAAAGACAAUUACAGAUUGUCGGUUACAACUGUCAAAUCGAAACUGUAA